CCGCUGCUCCCUGAACUGUGAAGCAGCAAAACUCCAUUCGCGAAGGCAGAGCUCCUUCUCGAACGUUCCCGCCGCCGCCGCCGCCGCCGCGCAGCCGUCGCCAUGGCGAUCACCGCACAGACUGUCGACAUCAUGGGCGAGCGCCAGUCCGGGCAGGACGUGCGCACUCAGAACGUGAUGGCGUACCAGGCGGUGGCCAACAUCGUCAAAUCGUCGCUCGGGCCCGUCGGGCUCGAUAAGAUGCUCGUGGAUGAUAUCGGUGAUGUGACAAUCACAAAUGAUGGAGCAACCAUUUUGAGGAUGUUGGAAGUCGAGCAUCCAGCGGCGAAGGUUCUUGUGGAGCUGGCCGAGCUUCAAGAGAAGGAGGUUGGAGAUGGAACAACAUCUGUUGUCACCAUAGCUGCAGAGUUGCUCAGGGGAGCCAAUGAUCUUGUGAGAAAUAAAGUCCAUCCGACCUCUAUUAUUAGUGGCUACAGGCUUGCUAUGCGCGAAGCUUGCAAGUAUGUUGAAGAAAAACUUUCUGUCAAGGUUGAUAAACUUGGAAAAAAUUCCCUCAUAAACUGUGCAAAAACUAGCAUGUCUUCUAAACUGAUUCACGCUGACAGUGUUUUCUUUGCAAAUCUGGUUGUAGAAGCAGUUCAAGCUGUGAAGACUACAAACUCUAAGGGAGAAGUGAAGUAUCCAAUCAAGAGUAUUAAUAUCUUGAAAGCUCAUGGUAAAAGUGCUAAGGAAAGUUAUCUGCUGAAUGGGUAUGCGCUGAACUCAGGCCGUGCAGCUCAAGGAAUGCCUACUAAAGUGACCCCUGCUCGAAUUGCUUGUCUUGAUUUUAACCUUCAAAAGACAAAAAUGCAAAUGGGUGUUCAAGUCCUUGUAUCUGAUCCAAGGGAACUGGAGAAGAUCCGUCAGAGAGAAUCUGACAUAACAAAAGAGCGAAUUGAGAAAGUCCUCAAGGCCGGUGCUAACGUUGUAUUUACCACCAAGGGAAUUGAUGAUAUGUCACUGAAGUACUUUGUUGAGGCUGGAGCAAUUGCAGUAAGGCGUGUCCGUAAGGAGGAUUUGCGUCAUGUUGCCAAGGCAACUGGUGCAACAAUGGUGACUACUUUUGCUGACAUGGAGGGUGAAGAAACAUUUGAUUCAUCAUUCCUUGGACAUGCUGACGAGGUUGUGGAGGAAAGAAUUUCUGAUGAUGAAAUAAUUCUGGUGAAAGGCACAAAAAACACAAGUGCGGUCUCCAUUAUACUUAGAGGAGCAAAUGACUUCAUGCUAGAUGAAAUUGAAAGAUCCUUGCACGAUGCAUUGUGCAUUGUGAAGAGAACCCUGGAGUCAAACAUGGUAGAACCUGUUGCUGCUGUUCCUUUACCUUUUAGUUCCAUGUAGCGGAUUACACAAACAUAUGUUUCUCAUGAUAUUAUUAGGUGAAUGGGAAAAAAAUAAUCACCUAUUUCCCCCUGCCUCUCUUUAGCACUUUCUGCUAAGUAUGCUGGUGCCUUUUUUUUCUUAAGCACCAGUGCUUAUUUAUACAAGGAAGAUGCUUAACUAGGCACCUCUCCUAUAGAAAUAACCGCUAGUGCUUAAAAAGAAGCCUGGUUUAUUUUUUUGUAA